AUGGAGCAGCUGAGUGACGAGUCGGAUUUUUAUGGCGACGAAGAGACUGUCUCGGCGCUCGAGGCGAGGGUCGAGAGCUUCAAUGUGGACCAGUACUGGAGGGACCGCGGCGCCCACGGGCUCGCCGUGCCGCAAAGGCAGUCCGCUUCCCGUAGCCCGUCGCCCCAGUUCCACAACCCGUAUGCGGGCCAUCCUGGAGCAUGGCAACUGAGCGAGACGGUAGAUGCCUUCCUAGCACGCCUGCCGCCCGCCACCACAGAGAGGCGUGAUGGGCUAGAUUGGAUCUUCAUCUGCAACCCGUUCAUCGAGCGCAAAUCCAAGGCCGAGUCCGACACACGCCACAUACAGGGAUGCGAGGACGAGGGACCAGAGGACAAGAACGCACAGGUCCUCACGUUCAAGAGCGGCGGCGAGGAGCGACUAGAGAUGCUGGGCGCUUACAUGGACUUUGCCAGACAAGGCGGUGUGUCCACCGUGGCAGCGACUCGCGAGGCCAACAAGGCGCGUGCCGAUGCAGUCAAGGAUAUCCUAGAGCUGGCCGCUUUUACGCAUGUCACGACGGGCAAGUGGAUGCUCUUUCCUGAACCGUCCGCUGUCAAUGAUGUGUGGGAGGUUGUUGCAAGGGCCACAGCCAGAAACGAGCUUGGUAUCGCUGCCAAGGUGGCACCUCGAGACCCCGAGGCUGAUCCGAGACGGGACCGGCUGGUCUGCAUUUACACAACAGACUUUCGGGACAAGGAUGAUGUUGCCCGUGUGCUGUUGAGUAUGAGGAAGCUUGGCCUAGUGACCAGCACUGGCCGCCCGAUCUACUACAAGCCAGGUUAG